AUCCUGGCUGACUUGUUCUUGUCCAUGCGAUGUUUCCCUGUGACAAGUCUUCCGCAACCACAGCAACCUCACUCUUCAUGCGCUAUCUUAUUCUGAGGUAGACGUCGCCAAUCUCCUUCUCUCCCAUUACCACCGACAACGACACCCUCUUUCACCACUGCCGAUUCUUUUCAGACCAGCACCAGGCAGCCCCGCGAUCAUGGUGCUCGGUCACGGUCAUAGGAAGAACUCGGUGACAGGGAGCAGUCGGGGCUCGAUUGAGGGAGAGCGCAGCGACAUUGAGGGCGCCGACGGCGACCAGACGGUCGUCAGCGAAGAACAGGGCAAUGUCCUCACUCACAUCAUAUCACAGCUGCGGCCUGGAGCCGACCUGUCCCGCGUCACGCUGCCUACGUUCAUCCUCGAGCCGCGAUCGAUGUUGGAGCGCAUCACGAACUUCAUGGCACACCCCGAGACCCUUCUGCACCUGCCCACCAUCGACGACCCGGUCGAGCGGUUUGCGGCUGUCACCAAAUUCUACCUCUCCGGCUGGCACAUCAAACCCCCCGGUGUGAAGAAGCCUCUGAACCCCAUUCUUGGUGAGGUCUUCACGGGCUACUGGGACUACCCUGAUGGAACCAAGGGGUACUACAUCAGCGAGCAGACGAGCCACCACCCACCCAAGAGCUCAUACUUUUUCAUGGCACCCGAACAUAACAUCCGGAUCGAUGGAACGCUCAAGCCACGUAGCAAGUUCUUGGGCAACAGCGUGGGUAGCUUCAUGGAGGGCAUCGCGGUGAUGCGCUUCUUGAAUCGAGGCGAGAGAUACUUCAUCACACAGCCCAACAUGUAUGCACGAGGCAUCCUUUUCGGCAAGAUGAAGUACGAGCUGGGAGAUCAUGCGAUCGUAAGAAGCCCAGAGUUGGAUAUGGAGGCAGACAUUGAGUUCAAGGUCAAGGGAUGGGUCGGUGGAGGAUACAAUGCGAUCGCGGGGUUCAUCAAGAAGAGCAGCACGGGGAAAAAUUUGUUCGAGCUGAGCGGGCACUGGAACGAGAAGAUGUACAUCAAGGACCUUGCCACAGGAAAGAAGAGCGAAUUUUUCGACGCAACCACGGCCAAGCCGAGCAUUCCGAAGGCUCGGCCUCUCGAAGAGCAGGCACCGCGAGAGUCGCAGAGGCUGUGGCACGCAACAACACAAGCUAUCAAGAAAGCCGAUCAAAAGACGGCAACGGAUGAGAAGAGCAAGAUCGAGGACGAACAGCGGCGGGAGGCAGCGGAGAGAGGAGACACGCCGUGGCAGCCGAAGCUCUUCCGCGCAGUACCGCCUGGUGACGAGGAGAACCUGGACUGGAUCAUCGAUGCAGAAGUUGACCAUAGCGCACCCGUCCAGAAGCAGGUCGAACAGAUCCUGGCCAUUGCUCCGGUACUGCCUGGACAGAAGCACAGCGAGGCGUUCGACGAGGCCGAAAAGCUCCCCUCUCAACAAGGGAAGACAUUGCCGCCACAGAAUGGAGCGCAGCAAGAGAAGAACGAUCUCAUCGACUUUGGUCAGAACGACGGAGCAAAUGACAGCGGAGCCGCAGCUCUUCAACAAGCAGAGCGGCAACCCACAAACGCAUCCGCAGAGUCUGCUCCUGCGCGAGCGGAGGCUGUAGGCAGCUCGGGAGCUGGUCAAUUACAAGAACCACUGGUGCCGACACAGAGUACCCCUGCUGCGGGUGUUGCAACGCAGCCUCUCGACUAUCGAAAUCCAACACGUCCCGGCAAGGCCCCGAGCGGAGAUGAGCUGCGGAGGCAGGACAGCAUAGGCGGAGAGGAUAUCUUCCAUGAUGCAGAGUCAUGAGAGGGCUAGAGCAUUUUGCGGAAACGAACUUUCUGGGGCGUAUGGACUUCUAUGACGAUGACAAUGGCCCACGGGCUUCGUUUCUCCCAACUAGAUUGCAGUUCCAACACGACAUGCAGUACGAGGAUGGGACCGAGCACCGGGCAUGGUCCUGAAGCGGGAGCACGCAGCACAUACAGCGGACCUUUCUUCCUUCCUUUAUCUUCCUUCCAUUCAGGACCGUUGCAGCGGAGCGGAGCAGGGCAGCGAGGGGCAGAUAGAAAAAGGCAAAGGGAUCGGGGUGUUUUGCAACGAAUAGCAUGAGCACGGUAGUCACGGGCAUUUUGCGAUGCACCAAUUUCGAAGCGUUUCUUCAACAGAGCCAUUGCGCUUCGUUUAAUCAUGACGGACA